GAGAGGUGAACACCGUGGAGGGACUUUAUGUGACUCGCGGGGAAUGUUUGUGACUGUGUUUGUGUGACCUACGUGACCCAGGAUGAGUAAGGAUUCCACUCUGGAGCGUCCCACCAGUCUCUAUGACAACUUCAGGCCUGGAGGAAGUCUGCACAGCAGCGGCGCUCUGUCCGUUGGUAACCUGACCACGGUGGGUGCGGGGCGCCACCACGCGCCUCUGGUGGCGCCACCCAUGGACCGCCUCAAGAGCCCAUCGCAGGCAAACUGCCUCAGCACCACGGUACCUCAGAAUAUCGCAGCGCCACCACUGUCAGGACGCCACACACCUACCAGGACCUCGCUACGUCACAGCCGCAUGAUCGUGCUGUCCAGGACGGGCGCAGUGCCCAGGAAGUACCUGCCCCAUGUGUUGUACCAUCACAAGCUGGCCAAGAGUCUGGUGGGACUGCAGACCCUGGUUGGUGCAGCGGUCAUUACAGUGGCCUCCUGGAUAUACAUGUACACACCCAGCCUCAGCUUCCGGGAUAUACCCUUCUGGAGUGGCAUUCCUCUCCUGUUAUCGGGGAUUCUUGGGCUUUUGUUGCUAUGUUGCUGUCACAAAGACUACCCUGGCUACCCAUUUUCCUGCUGUCUCUUCAGUUUUAAGGUGGUAAGCGUGACAGUGUCAGCCCUAGCAGCAAUCGGCUGUUUUUGCGCAGCAACGUUUGCGUUAAUACAUCUGCUCUCCCUGCAGCGCAUGACUUGUGAACCAGCCGACUCUUUGACAUCCAUCUGUGUCUGUCGAACAAACAACACAAACUACGUGGACGAACGACUCUACCCGGACCUUUCCUGUCCUAAGGUACAGAAUAUUCUGACAUUCCUACUGACUACCUCUGCUUCGUUCAACCUUGUUGGCGGUGUGAUAGCCACUUGGUACCUCUAUCUUCACUGGAGCAGUCGUUAUUCUUACGUCUACUCGCAAGUUCGCACCAACGAGCACCGGCCAAUGGUCAUCUCAAACAAACUAUAACCUCGACUACAAAGACUGAUAAUUUUAAUUUGUAAAUAAUGUACAAGAACAUAGUUUUUAGUUUUAAGUUUGCUAAAGAUAAUAGGAAACCAAUUUUAUAAGAGUUGACUUUUUUACCCUUCCCUUUCCUAGUGAUUUUAUACCUCAAAGCAGCAUAUGUGGGUUAACAAUACCAUUUACUUUUUGAAGGUAGACCAAUUGGCUUUAAGCAAGGUUACAUGUUUGAAGUACAUUACCAUUAAACU